GAAAUAUCAUAUUGAGAAACGUUAGAAUAAAAGAGAAGAUGCUGCAAUGGAUUCGGCAUCGUCUCGCCAUCCGUUACCAUAGUUACAGCUUCCCAGGGAUCUCGAGGAAUGACGUCAUCCCACUUGAUACGGCGCUAAAUUACCAAUGGCUAGACGAGACAGAAUGGGAAAGCUAAGUGAUGGAUGAAUUUAUCACGAAAUAUGACAGAUUUAGCAGCGUUUAGGAUGAACGAGAGAUACGUUAGCAUCAACAACAACAAUAACAAGUUGUAUCGUAAUCAAAGUCUACCAGCAAACAACCCAAUUAAAAGCCGUCCUUUCGAUCCAAAUGCUAUCAAGCAACAGAUGUAUACAAGACAUAACAACUAUAGAUACCUGCAUAACAGCCCGUUGCUAUGCUGGUCGGCCGAACUUGCCGAAUUUUCUCAAGUUUGGGCCAAUAAAAUAGCAGAAAAAGGAUAUUUACAAUACAGCGAAAAUCCGUCUCUAGGUGAGAAUAUCGUUAUUGUAGAUCUUCAGGAAUGCCCGACUGGAGAGGAAAUAGUGGAUAAGUGGUACGAAGAGAGGAAAUAUUAUGAUUACGACAAACCGGGAUGGUCUAAAUCCACGUUUCAUUUCUCUCAAAUGAUCUGGAGAAGCUCUUCGGAGAUCGGAGUCGGAGUUCAGAAGUUCAAAAAUAAAAAUUGUGCCGCCAUUGUGGUUAAUUAUAAACCAUGUGGAAAUGAUAAUUUACCUGGAGAAUAUAAGAAAAACGUUCUUAUGCCAAAACCCGUUAACAUGAAGGAUAUCAAGAAGCGCAACUCUUGCCAAAAUUCAUUUUAAAAUUGGGAAAAAAAAAGAAAAAAAAUUGAUCAUAUCUCAAUAAUUUUAUAACAACCUAAUUUAAAUGCAUCUGUAUCCAUAAUACAUAUCCAAGUUAUUCUGAUUUAAUUAUCUGAAAGAUCAAACCUAAUGAAGCAUUUUAAAGCUAGCAAAUGAAUUAUUUAAGAGGAAGAUAAGCACUGAAUUGAUUUCUAUCAGGAAGCAUUUAACAUUGGAAACUGCAGAAAAUCUUCAUUAAUGUAAUUAAACAAAACUACUUUGGAAAAUUAACUUUUGGAAGAUCUUCAAUUAUGCUGGAUGAGAGAUGUUAUUGAUUUUAUGGUCACUGACUUUGCAUUCGCUACAGAAUAUCAUUUCAUUCUGCUAAUCUUGUUUUCUACAAAGUAAAAUAUUGCUUAUUUAUUUUAUGUAUUAAACAGAAAUUCUAGUGAAUGUUUAAGCAGAACUGUGCUCUCUAUUCCAGAUCAAUUCUGGAAGGCUACAGAAUAGCAAGUGACUUCUUGUCGGAGUUUUGUGUCGAACCACUGCCAUCCGCAGUCUGCGUGGGUGAGUCCGGCGCUCUGGUCGUUUACAUAAUAAUCUCAUAUAGUUUGACAUUACUAUGCAUCGUACGUAACAAGUGUCUCCGGUUAAUUAUCUGUGUUUAGAAUUUCUUUGCCUCGCGUUGACAUAUCUCGAGGAAUUUAUAAUUUAGUAUUCAUGCAUUUUCUAAAGUGGAUGUCGGUGAUAUUGAUAUAUGGUGUCUUGUUGCGGGCGCUGUACAUAAUCAUAGUUUCUUUCUCGCAACCUUGCAAAAUGGUCUUCCAUUAAAAAAAAUUAGUGGCUAGAAAUUAAGAACUUUGCAAUUUGCUAAACUAUAUGCAAAUAUUUUAACAUUAUUCUAUAAAAAGAAAUUAAAUGCAUUAUGUAAAAGAAAGAAGAAAAAAAAUAUAUAUGUUAAUUUUUUUAUAAUUU